AUGGACCAAAAUCAUAAUAAUAUAUAUGGCCAUUAUUUCUCAAAAGAGGUUAAAGGCAUUAUACCAAAAACUCUAACAUGGUAUCGAUCUAAUAGCCGAUCCUCCUCUUCUUCUUCACCUUCUUCACCAAAAUCAACAAUUGCAGGAGAUAAAAAGACAGUCCAUCCGGCGUUUGCUAUCAACAACAUCAAAACCCUAAUCCCUAUUAUCCUAAACAUCAAACAGGAUGAAUACUCAUCUUGGGUUUUUCUGUUUGAACUCCAUCUUCAGGCUCAUCGCCUUCUUUUUCUCAUCAAUGGAGACAAACCCCCCGCAGAUGUUGACGCCGACACCGUGCUCCAACUCGACGCUCUCUGUCGACAGUGGAUGUUCUCCACCAUGGCCAAGGAUUUGAUGCUCACCGUCCUAAAAUCUGGCAAAACUGCUAAAGAGCUUUGGAAUCAUCUUAAGAAACUCUUUCAAGACAACAAAGGUAACCGCGCUGCGACUCUUGAACGUAAGUUUGUCAAUCUUAAGUUUAUUAAUUGCACUAGUAUUGACGAUUACUACGAUAAGCUCAAAUCCCUGUCUGAUCGAUUACUUGAUCUUGACUUUCCCAUGGAUGAUAAACGCCUUGUGAUUCAACUUGUCAACGGCCUUCCGGAGGAAUAG